AAACGCUCAAGGAGUCGACGGUGUCGUCAUGGUCCAAACGGUCCCUUACGCGCCACUAAACAGCCUUCAAACUACAACUUCCCUACAGAUCAUGGUACGCCAGUGGCGCGGGACUACGCCGAGACACUGAAAUAAGCUGUAGGAGCGCCCAGCGCGGCACACGGUGCUUAACGUGCGAUAUCGCCUUCCGGCCGAGCGCGAGGUUGUCUGCUCCUUGUCCUCCGCGUAGGGUCGUGGCUCGCAGCGCGGGAACAUUUUUUUUUUUUUUUUUUUGCAGCGUGAACGCCGGGGUGAAGUUCCAGGGGACGGAAUAACAGUAAGAUAUGGAUCCCUCGGAGGUCGAGUUCCUCGCCGAGAAAGAGACGGUGACGAUAAUACCAAAUUUUAGUCUAGACAAGAUCUACUUAAUCGAGGGCGACCUGGGUCCCUUCAACCCCGCACUGCCAGUCGACGUUCCCGUGUGGCUGGCUCUUAACUUGAAACAGAGACAGAAAUGUAGAAUCGUUCCCCCGGAGUGGAUGGAUGUCGAGAAACUGGAGGAGAUGCGAGAGCUUGAGAGGAAAGAGAAUACCUUUACACCUAUUCCCAGCCCUUACUACAUGGAGCUGACCAAACUGCUACUGAACCACGCAUCCGACAAUAUUCCUAAAGCAGAUGAGAUCCGCACACUGGUCAAAGACAUCUGGGACACGCGUAUUGCCAAGCUCCGCCUGUCCGCCGACAGAUUCAUCACCUCGCAGGAGGCUCAUGCCAAGCUGGACAACUUGACUCUGAUGGAGAUCAACACCAUUCGAGUGUUUCUUCUCGACUCUCUUAACUGCAUGUACAAACUACGUUCCAAUCUGCAGCCUGGUUCCAGUAAAGGGCAGUUUAUGGACUAUUGAUCCACUAGAUCAAGGCCUACAGAACAGGUUUGGAUCUUGUCCCAAGAUUUGGGAAGGCAGGGCCUUGGACUGAGGUGUGUACUUACUGAACAAGUUCUUCAUUACCAAAAAGACUUUUUUCUGAAACUGAAGAAAGCAGAGGAGUUUUACUCAGCCUUUUUAAGCGAUUAUACUUCUCUUGGGGGAGGCGUGUAAAUCCGUGCAUAUUUACAAGCAUAUAAGCUUUAUAUGUGUCUGCUAUUUUGCAAUAUGUGCGUAUUUAAUUUAAUUUUGGAUGCUCAUUCAGUUGUUCAAGAAAGCCAUCAUGCAUUUUGUAUGUUUCAAUAUGUGACAAUAAAUGUAUUGGUCUGUA